AUGGAAAUUCAAAACUCUUCCAACCCUAGAGCUGGCUUGGAGAUCGAAGACGAAGCACAAGAACAAACCCGACAACAAGCCAUGUCUAGCAAAGACGAAGCAAACCAAGCCGCUGGAGUAGUCUCUCCAACCCCAGAGAAAACCAAUGGUACAUCUACAGCUGAGACCAUCAAUGGCUCUACAGCUCCGGGCAAAGCCUCGGAGACGUCCUCCCCUAACACCAAGAAGCGAGGUCUGCCCGAACCUGAUACAGCUUCCGAGCCCAGCAGUAAGAAGUCAAAAGACUCGCCAACACCACCGUCAGCCCAAAACGGCGCCUCAACAGCUCCUGUAUUUCCCAGUCCACCGGAUAUGCCUGCAACUACUUUCGACAAAGAGACCUGGCAAGGGUUCUGCGACAUCGAGAGCGAACCCGCCUGUUUCUCUGUCAUCCUCCGCGAAAUGGGCGUUCGCGACGUGACCGUACGUGAAGUAUUCAGUAUGGAUCCAGACUUCCUUCUCGACAACAUUCCGCAACCCAUCUACGGUUUCAUUCUCCUUUUCCACUACCGCGAAUUCGGAAAUGACGACCAGGCAACAGAGUGUCCCAAGGACGUCUGGUUUGCCAAUCAAUUGCCCGCUCAGAAUAGUUGUGCAACACUUGCUAUGAUCAACAUCUUGAUGAACCAGAGCCACGAGGACGAUGUGCGUAUUGGUGAGCAUCUGACGCAGUUCAAGGACUUCACACAGGACUUGUUGCCGUAUCAGCGCGGCGAGGCCUUUGCGAGCUUCGACUUUGUGAAGAAGAUUCAUAAUUCUUUUGCCAAGAAGAUGGACAUCCUCGAGGGUGACAAACAUCUCAGCUACAAAGUCAAGCGCGCCCAGCGCAUCAAGACGCAGCUGCUGUCUGAGAAGACCAAGCCUGCUAAGAGAGGAACCAAGUCGCGUCGCGCUGCUUCUGCCGAUACUGUCGCGAGCAAUGAUAGUGCAGAGAGCAUUGAAGACAACGCACAUCACUAUAUCGCCUUCGUACCCGUUGGAAACGAAGUCUGGAAGCUGGAUGGCCUGGAUAAGCAACCAACAUGUAUGGGCUCUUUUGAUCCGCAGCGGGGCGAGACGUGGUUGGAGUCAGUUUCUAAUACGAUUUCUGCCCUCAUGGGAGCUGGGGACGACGACUACGGCGUUAUUGCGCUGACGCAAUCUCCUCUGCUUUCACUACGCAAAAGCGCUAGUCUGACGAUCAAUACUCUCUCGUACGUCGACGCACGCCUCGACGACGUUUCCGCUUCUACAUCGCAAGGCUGGAGAAACCUUGUCGACGCAAAUGAACAGCCGCCUAGUCCCCGCAUGCUAGAUCUAGAAGAACAUCUAGCCGCUAACCCCAUGUCUCCUACUAUCCAAGCGACCAUUGACAGCGAAGACACGACUCAACUUCUCGCUCGCCGCAACUCAUUGCUGACGGAGGCUAAUCGACUAGCCGCGAACAUCAUGAUGGAGAUGCAGAACGAAGCAGAAGAGGAUUUGAAGGCUACGCAACGGCGGUACGAUUCUGGUCCAGUCAUCAAGAAGUGGCUCGAAAUGUUGGCGGAGAAUGGGUUCCUGGAGGAAAACCUAGACCGCUUCAUGCAGGGGAAAAGCAAAAGGUGA